CAAAUCUCCCACAAACAGAUGCAAAAAGCUGCUAAGUAAAGCUUCGAUUCCCUUCAAUGAAAGCCUACCCAGACAAAAUCUCCCAGUUUUCAGAUUGAAUUAGCUGGAACUUCUGAAUAGCAUUGGAUUUUUCAAGCGGAUGGUAGUUUAGAACUGGGGUUUACGAGGCAAUUUUGGGGUUUCUGAAUCAGGGCAAGUUUAGGGUUUCUUCCGGGGGUUGAACUUCCAUGGGGGAUUAUGAACCAGUGGCUCCACAAUUAGAAGGGGAGGAAAAUUUGAUUGCUGCUGCAGAACAUAUAGUGAGAGCAUUGGGAUCGAACAAGAAUCUCACGAAAGAUGUGAAGAAGAUAUUAGCAGAUCUCGGUAGUCAAUUAUCGAAUAUGGCUACAAUUGAGGAUGAAGUUGUUGAGGGUGUAGAAUCUGGGAUCGAAGAACAGUUGAGAGUUGUCGAGGAAAAGAUUAUGAGUUGGGAGAGUGACGAGUCCAUGAUUUUUUAUUCGGGCUCCAAUGAUGCUUCGGAGUAUCUGAAUGCCACCGAUGAAGCUCGGAAAUUGAUCGACGAAUUGGAGAGUCGGUGCUCGAGUGGCAAAGACGAGAGAGAGUUGUUGCGUAGGGCUCAUGAUGUUCUUCAGUUGGCGAUGCAGAGGCUUGAGGAAGAGUUUAAGCACUUGCUUGUUCAGCAUAGGCAACCGUUUGAGCCCGAGCACAUGUCGUUUCGGUCGAGUGAGGAUGAUAGUGUCGAUGUGGGGUCGCUGGUUUCGUUCGGGGAUGACUCUUUUGAGGAGUCGGCAGGCAGAUAUAGCAUCGGCCGAACAUCGGAGGACUGUAUCAUUGACUUGGUUCAUCCUGAUGUGAUUCAUGAUCUUAAAUGCAUUGCCAAUUCGAUGUUCAUGUCAAGCUAUGAUCACGAGUGUCGACAGGCGUAUGUCAUUGUUCGAAAGGAUGCAUUGGAUGAGUGCCUUUUUGAUCUUGAAAUCGAGAAACUGAGCAUUGAAGAUGUGCUGAAGAUGGACUGGGGUACCUUGAAUUCGAAAAUCAAGAGAUGGGUUCGAGCUAUGAAGAUAUUUGUCCGGCCAUUUCUCGUCAGCGAGAAAUGGCUCUGUGACCAGAUCUUUUUGGAGCUCGGAUCGGCUAGUUCAGUUUGUUUUGUUGAGGCGGCAAAGGCUCCAAUGCUGCAGCUUCUGAAUUUUGCUGAGGCCAUCUCUAUCAGCUCUCAUCAACCGGAAAAGCUAGUUCGAUUUUUAGACGUGUAUGAGGUGCUUGCAGAUCUUCUUUCGGACAUUGAUGCAUUGUUUUCGGAUGAAGCUGGUUCUUGCAUUAGAAUCGAGUACCAUGAGGUUUUGAAGAGAUUGGCUGAUUCCGUAAGGGUGACGUUUCUCGAAUUCAAGAACGCUGUCGCAUCGAACACUUCGGCAAACCCUUUUGCAGGAGGAGGAAAUCACCCCCUGACCAGAUAUGUUAUGAAUUACAUAAGGCUUCUUGUAGACUACAAAGAUACCCUAAAUUUACUCCUCAAGAAUGACGACGGAGAAACGGCCAGGUCACCCUCUCCGGACUCGAGUCAUGCUACGGAGGAAGAAAGUACGAGUAAUGAUUCUUCCGCCUGUCUUUCUCCAAUGGCACUACAUUUGCAAUCACUCACUUCGGUCCUAGAAGCGAACCUCCAAGAGAAAUCCAAAUUAUACGGGGAUGCUUCAUUGCAGCACUUCUUUUUGAUGAACAACAUCCAUUACAUGGUUCAAAAGGUUAAAAAUUCGGAACUCCAGGCUAUAUUCGGAGACAAGUGGAUCCGAAAGCACAACUGGAAAUUCCAGCAGCACGCGAUGGACUACGAGAGAGCGACCUGGAGUACCAUUCUCCCGUUACUGAAAGACGAAAGCAAUUCCAGCAACAGCUCGAUCUCGAGGACGCUUCUCAAGGAGAGAUUGAGGAGCUUUUAUGUUGCUUUCGAAGACGUGUAUAAAACACAGACGGCAUGGGUUAUCCCGGACCUUCAUCUCCGAGAAGAUUUACGGAUUUCAACGUCCCUGAAAGUGAUCCAGGCAUAUCGGACAUUUGUCGGAAGACAAAUGCAGCACAUUGGUGAGAAGCACAUCAGGUACAAUGCUGAAGAUCUGCAGGAUUACUUGUUGGAUCUCUUUGAGGGAUCUCAAAAAUCAUUGCAUAAUCCUCAUAGGAGGUGAAAACCUAUGUUACUCGGAUUCGGCUGUCCGUGUUAGACAGAUGUGAUCGGAAAACGUGUGUUACUCGAACUCGAAUGUGGUUAUCUAAUGCAGGUUUCCUUGGAGGUCACGUUUCCAUAUCGGACGAUGAUGAUCGGAACAUAGUAAGUGAAAUUUAUGAUAGCAAAGUAGCUAUAUGUAUACACGUUUGUAAUCUUUUACGUAUGAAGAACAUUUGUGUUGUAUUUUU